CGGACCGUAUGCGAAAAGUUCGAAGUCGGCUUCUCCUUGGAGAAACUGACAUACCGGAUGACGGCAUAGCAGAAAGUGUGAUGCCUGAGAAUAUAGAGCAACAUUGCGAAAGUUCAGCAAGCGAAUCAAGCGACCAAGAGGUAAGCUUUACCCGGACAGGUAGAAGAAAGACGAAACCUACCUGGCAUAACGAUUACGUGUUUUCUAUUUUCAGAAACACCAUGACCAAGACAAAAACAACCCCGAGGACAAGAACUUUGUGCCCGCUGUGCAAAGAGGAUGUCCCGGUCACCAUGAGCUUUCAGGACCACAUGACGAUGUGUGCUUCCAAGAGGAUAUCGUGCAAGGCUUGCGGGGUAACCUUCAAGAAGGUCGUUUACCUUAAACGACAUUAUGCCCGAACGGGGCACGAUAAAGUUUCCCAGGGUAGUGACAAGGGAUGUUCUGAGUCUGCCAGUGCUUGCGCGGGUGCAGUGAUUGAUAAGGAAGAUCACGGCGAAAGUGACUGGGAUUCCGAUCCCGAGAUCAGUGUGGACGAGAAGGGCUCUUCUUCAGACGAAGAUAGUGACUUCGAGUUAGGUAGGACUGUUAGAAAGAGAACGGCUCCCACUCCUGUUCAAGCGCCGGUCAAGCGAGCCAAAGGUUCGGAGUCUGAACAUCCUGGACCCAGUUGUCAAGUCAAAAUCCUUGAUGAACAGUGUAGAGGCGUUGAUAAGGUAGAGACUGGGAAGUGGUUGCGCAGUAGCGGCGUUCGAGCGGAUUACAAACCGAAGGGAGAGAAUGCCGUUCAAGUCGACAGUGUUGUCCAAAUGAACAAAAGUACGCAGGAUGCAGUUAUCGUUGCUGAAAGGGGGACACAGACACGAGACAGCGUGCAAAUGCUAAAUGAAUGUCAGUGCAACAAAUUGCACAAGUGCAAUUUUUGUGGAAUAUAUUUCGAGGAUAUGGCCAUGUACUUCAUCCACCAGGGUUGCCAUACCAAUGGACAGCCUUGGAGGUGUAAUGUGUGCGGACACACAUGUAAUGACAGGCAGUCAUUCUUCAUUCAUGUCACAAUGCAACACAGUGCUUAGACUGUGAAAUAUGAUUGUUUUAUUUUCUGUUAAUCAUUGACACUUAGGUAAAGUGCAUAUUACUGUUACAGAGUAUUAUAGAGUAUCAUGUUUUGUUAAUUUUUGGUGUUCUUUUAAGACUGCUUUGAUUUGCCAUGUUAUGUUGUUUAAGAAAAACAAAAUAUAUAUAUAUAAAUACAUGAAUAAGCGGGACGCUUAAAAUCGGAGGCGUGGGUAAUGUGGUGAUUUUUAACCUACCACCGUUCUUUACUUACGUUCAUUUUUCUUUGGGUAAAUUGUUCCUUUUAGUUAAUUUAUUAAAAGCGUCCAUUGAUUUCCGGUAAGCAUUGUUGACGUUUAAUUCAUUGUUGAAAAUAUGCCUAGAAAUUUAUCGUUGUAUGUCGUUGUAUGUUGUUUUUAUAUCCAUUUGUUUAAUAAAUGUUUAUUCUGUUGAUAAAGACCAGAAUCUCAUUAUUAUGCUUUAUAAUUAAGUCAAACCACUAUUACGUAGAUCUCAACUGUAUCACUAUGGAAAUGUCCGAGUAACGCCGCAUGAGCAGAUAGUAUAAAAGCGCGCGUUUCUUCUAUGAAAGGUCAGUUGUACUGCCGACUUCGUCGAGUUAACAUCGCGAAAUUAGGUAAUUAAAUUAUAUUAUUAACAUACAUUAGGGACUUUGGGCACAUAGAGACUGGCUAUCCUCUUCAAACGUUCUGAGAGCCUUGAAGUUGGAUUCCUACCCCUCAGCAGCCCGGGUCGCUAAUAGUUGAUAUAUAAGUCACAUACCUUCACACAACACUACAAGGCUCCAUACCUAGGGUAACGAGUCACACAGACUCGGAGUCAUAACGAAGUGUUCCGAGACAUAGGUCUCCAU